AGUCUAAAGUGAAACAACAAUCAAACCGGAGGCUUAACUACCAGCAAUGUGAUUUUUUUUAAUUCUAUUUGUUUGAACAUUGUCAUUACCAAAGUUUCAUAAAUAUUUUGCAAUGAGCUUGAGGCACAUCCCUCAAAAUAAUAAAAUCAAGGCAAAACUUUAGAAUUUGUAUCAGAGAGCAGGAAAAAUGGAACAAGAGAUAAUUAGAAAAUGGAACGCUUUGACAAUUCUAUUAUUAGCUGCAAGCACUCUCAGUGUUUCAGCAUAUGCUUUACAAGUUACCGAGACUGAAGAUAUUAAGGCAAACGAUACAGCAAUUUCAAUUGUUACACGAAACGAAUGGAGUGCACGUGAUCCGAAAAUGGUUGAACGGUUUACUGGUACCAUACCUUUUGUCAUUAUUCAUCAUUCCUACAUUCCAAAAGCUUGUUAUGAUGAAGAUGGAUGUAGUAAAGCUAUGCGUAAAAUGCAGGAUAUGCAUCAGUUAAAAAAUGGAUGGAAUGACAUUGGAUAUAGUUUCGCUGUAGGUGGUGACGGACGGAUAUAUCAUGGUCGAGGAUACAACGUCAUUGGAGCGCACUCGCCACGCUACAACGAUAAAAGCAUUGGAAUAUGUUUAAUUGGAGACUGGACAAUUGAAAAACCGCCACAAGCGAUGCUUUCAGCGACAAAAAGAUUCAUCGAAUUGAGUGUUGAAAAUGGAUUUUUAUCGCCGAAUUACAAGUUGCUCGGUCACAGACAAGUUCGAAACACAGAAUGCCCAGGUCAACGUCUCUAUGAAGAAAUAAGCUCAUGGAGUCAUUUUUCAAAUAAACCAGCUGGCCCUGAUGAUCCUGAAAUACCCUAUUAAGCGACUUAAUUAAUUACCGUUCAUGCUAUAAAUUUUGAGCUACGUUAAAGACCAACUUCAGCAGAAGUCAAAGAAAGAAUGUUUUCUCACAUUCCAGAGAAGCUACAUAAAUUUUAAUUACAAUAGCAGCAGUCGGAAGCAACAAAAAAGUUCUCUCAACUGACGACAAAAGAAGAAAUUUG